CUAUCACUACUGGCAAAGAUGGACCUCUCCAUGAAAGAGUUCUUGAUCAGUACAGUACAAAGAAGAAGAAGCCUAGCUCAUAAAAGGGCCAGGUCAGUAAAGAACUUUAGGAUUACCAGCAACAGCACUUUACAUAGAGAGUCCUUGUUUUCACUCGGAAGUGUUAUUCGUGAGAAUAGAAGGUCUUAUGGCAUAAGUAAGAAAAUACCAGAUCAGCCUUUCAAAAAGUACAGAAAGGAUUUCAUGAACUCCUCAGGAGAUUACACCUCUGAAGAAAUUGAUGAAGGCUGCAUUGCUACUCCACCCAGACCCUUCGAUAGGAAGCCAAUGAUGACUAUGAAGCAGCUAAACCAGUACGGACAUCUGAGAAGAUGCAGAAGUGUGAGAUCUACUUAUGAGUCUCAAGAAACAGUAUGUAGUACUGAAAGAAAUCGUACUCCUAAGGCUUUUAAUAGAACAAGUACAAGAGAAGCCAAUUUAAAAUUAAGAACUUUAAGGUACAAUGAGGACAAUUUGUGCUCUCCUGAUGCUUCAUCAGUGUGCUCUAAUGAGACGCCUAAAUUCUCGUCUGAAAAGUGCAGAUGGAAGAAUGAGUUUACCUUUCAAGAAAAACAGGGUAUUUCUAAGCUAUCGAUUUAAAAUAAGAAAAUUCAUUUUUGAA